GCAAAACCCGCGUUCAUUGGCUGGUGUCGCAAACAGUGGGUCACUGGGUGGGCGGGAAAGGCUCCCGCCGGCUGCGCGAUGGCGGAGUGUGUGAGCGAGGCUUCGGGGCCGGAGCCCAAACGGCGCAAACCCGCGGCGGCGGCGGCGGACGGGGACGCGCCGUGUGAACCGGGGGAGUUCAACUUCGACAACUUCCAGCUGGAGAGGAUCCUCAGGGAGAACGCGCGGGACAAGACGGUGUUCAUUCACGGCAAGGUUGGAGAAGACGGUGGCGAUGUUCGAGAUGCAGUGAUCAUUCUAGAGAAGACACCUUUCCGGGAGAAUACUCUGCCACAGCUGCUCAACAAGAAUGCCGAUCUUCAUCUUCAGAUGAAGAAUGACAUCUACAGCACACACCAUCUUCAUCCGCUUCCAGCCUUCAAUGAAAUAAAGACCACAGUCAUAUAUCCAGCUACAGAGAAGCAUAUCAAGAAAUAUUUGCAGCAGCAGAUGUACCUUGUCAAUGAAACAGCAGAUGACUACAGGAACAUUACCGCUCCGUACCUUCAAUCCCAAACCUUCAGUGUUCAGUGGGUAUACAACAUUCUGGAAAAGAAGGCAGAGGCGGAGCGAAUAAUUCAUGAACAUCCAGAUCCAAAGAAUGGUUUCAUCCUUAUUCCAGACUUCAAGUGGAAUCAGAAGCAGGUUGAUGACUUGCACCUGAUUGCUAUUUCCCACUGCCGUGACGUGAAGUCACUACGGGAUCUGACAGCAGAACACCUGCCAUUAUUACAGACGAUACUGCAGGAGGGACAGAUGGCCAUCUUCAAACGAUAUAAUAUUCCAAAAAGUCAGCUGAGGAUUUACCUCCAUUAUCAGCCCUCCUACUACCACCUUCAUGUUCAUUUCACUGCUGUCGGCUAUGAUGCUCCAGGAUCCAUGGUGGAACGUGCACAUCUGCUUUCCAGUGUCAUAGAGAACCUGCAGUUUGACCCAGAGUACUACCAGAAACGAACCCUGACCUUUGCCCUGAAGGCUGAUGAUCCCCUGCUGCAGAAAUUCAAGGAGGAAGGAAGAAUAUAGAUGACGGAUCUUUUUGUUCAUGCACAGUUGCUCUUUGCAAUCUUUUUUUUUGAGAUGAUGUAUCUUGGUGCUGCAUGGUGAGUUUGGUUUCACAGUUUUAUAAAUAUCAACAAUGGAGACAAAUCGCAUUUGAGCAAGCAGACUCUGGCCCUGACUUCCAUUUGCUCAGAACAUAAUGUAUUUUUGUUAAAACAGAUCAGAGUAACUUUUGAAGCUAUGCCAUUAAAAUGUUGCUCGCCAAAAACUGGAUAUUACAAAUAAAAAAAAUCCCCAAAUGUAAUUUGACAAGAAUGUGACCUUGUUCCAUCAACCCAGUUAGAGCUGAUCUGCUUCGGAACCUAGUUUUUCUUGCAAAAUGUGGUAGGGGUUAUGUUUGAGGGACAAUAGGGAAAUGCAAUCACUCGUAAACAGACACAAAGCCCGGCCAAGAUUCUGGUCAAAUCAGGCAGUAACACUUGGAAGUCUUUGUUCUCAACAGGCAGGGUCAGGCUGGGUGACAACUUGCUCAAUGGAGCAUCUGUCCCUUCGACUCAUGCUAAUACAUUAGAAUAACCCAACUCCUGUGUCUGUACAUGUGUGCUUAUUUAUUUGUUCCCAUGUCCCUGAUCCGGCUGUAUUUUUUCAGAAUGGAGGGUUUACUGUGCUAGUUAUAGCAAAACCCCUCGAUUUUUUUAAAUAAAAGCUCAUUGACAAUUUUUCUACAAA